AUGGAUGAAUUCGAAGGUUAUGGUAAGAUAGGUGAAAGUAGUAGUAAUUGGAUUUUAGAAAAAUCUGAUAAUACAACGUUUAAACGAACAUUAUGGUGUGUUACAGAGAAAAUUCAUGGUGCAAAUUUUUGUUUCUUCUGUGAUGAUGACGGUCAACGUGUUCGUUGUGGAAAACGAACAAGUUUAUUAUCAGAUACAGAUGAUUUUUUUGGUUAUAAACAACGAUUAUUCAAUGAAAUUGUUCCUAGAAUUCAACAAUUGUAUCAAUUUGUUAAAAAUACUUAUCCAAAUCUAAAUAAAUUGUAUAUAUUUGGUGAAUUAUUUGGUGGCUCUUAUCCACAUCCAGAUGUACCAAAAUUACCUAAUAUAAAUGCUGUUCAAACUGGAAUUUGGUAUUGUCCUGAUAUUGAAUUUUGUGCAUUUGAUUUAGCUAUUGUUAGUAAUGAUAAACAAAUUUAUCUAGAUUAUGAAUAUGCUAUAACUGCUUUUCAAAAUGUAAAUUUAUUUUAUGCUGAACCAUUAUUUAUUGGUAAAUAUGAAGAAGCUCUUGAUUUUAAACUAGGUUUUAAUUCUACCAUACCAAACCGACUUGGACUUCCAAGUCUAAUCGAUGCAAAUAAAGCAGAAGGAAUUGUAAUUAAACCAAUGCAUGAAAUUUUAGUUAAGACAACUAAAGGUGUUCAUGUACGUGCAAUUGUUAAAAAGAAAAUUGAAGAAUUUUCUGAAGAUAAAUAUGGUCAAGCACAAAAACAAGAAUUAAAAACUGAUGGUGAACUUUCAAAUAUUGAUCUAUUAAGAUUUGAAAUUGAUGCUUUAGUUACUGAUAAUCGUUUAAAUAAUGCACUUAGUAAAAUUGGACAUGUCACUGCGAAUGAAAAAGAUAAAUUAAAAGAAUUAUUAAAUCUUUAUAUAAAAGAUAUUCUUGAUCAAUUAUAUGAAAAUGGAAAUGAAGAAAUGUGGAACAAUCUUUCAUCGAACGAUCGAAAUAUAUUAACAGAAGAAUUAAAUCAAAAUGCUAAAAGAAUUAUUAUAAAAUAUUUAAAAAGAAAUAAAUAA